AUGGAUGAUGGUUUAAAUAUCCAGUCUCCGUCGAGGGCACCCCGUGCGAAGAAGCGAAGAUCACGCGCUGCGAGUCAGUCUCCUCAGUCUAAGUCAGUUGCUUUUGAUCUCAGUUCAGAAGAUGGUCAACAACUGGACCCGGGUUAUGAAACUGACGAUAGCGAUUCGACGAUUGGUUCGAUAAGCGGGGUUCGUCGCCACGGGCACCGUCAGCACCAUUCUUCCAGAACUGAAUCAGAGAUUCAACACAUGGCAACCGAAAAGAAACCGAGAUCGAAUACUUCAGGAAAAGAGAUAGAAUCAGAUUCGGACUCGACAAUUGACCUACCUGAUCGUUUCGACUCACAAGGCCGACUUCUGCCCCAGCGCGAAGGCGAUAUGUUCGCCGACGGGCUCGACAGCCUCUUGAGGGGAUUUAAUAAAGUUUUUGUCUAGCUGCUUGGUUUAUCAUACUGUUUUAGAUUUGGUGAUUAUGUGCCUUUUAGGGCUUUGAUUUGACGUGAUGACCUUACGAUUCAUGAAAGUUCUUGAU